GCAUCUGCUUCUUCCACACUACAUUUCUCCGUUUCCUUUUCAUUCUCACGGCUUCUCCAAUACAUAGAUUUUUCCUUUCUUAAAAUAAAACAAAAUAAGAAAUAAGAAAUAAGAAAAGUCUAGGGUAGAAUUCAGUGGUAUGGAUGACACGACGGAGAACACCAUCCUCUUACCCAUUGCUGCUUCUUCCUCUCCUCCAUUUUUCCAUGCUUUUUCCCUGAGACUUAUAAAAGAUAUUUCUUUGGUGGGUUUGUGAGGAUUCUGCUAUCUUAUUCGUAAAUUAGGUUUUUUUAAUUAAAAAAAAUGGAGGGGUUGAUAUUGUUGUGGAGAUUCAUAUGAAUGACGACGGUGUUUAUAAGGUUGUUUGUUGAAUUGUUUUUGGAAUGGCAAAAUUGAACCGACCAGAAGCAAAACUCAUCAAGCAGAUGAGGUAGUCGAAUCCAAUGGGUGGUUCACUUCUCACAUGUUGUCUUUCAAUGGACAAUCAUCAUCACCCAUCCACACUCCUGUCCAUGGAUUCAAGUGCACCUUCUUCACAUCAGGAACUGGAUCUGGAUAUGAAUGGGAAAGUCACACUCUGUCCACCACCUGACAUCAAUUUGCCCCUUUCCGCUGAGCGCAGUCCCCCUCCUCAGCCAUGGAAUCCUGACCCUUCUGAUGCUGUGUUGGAUGUUGGUCUUGGUACUCAGGGAUAUGAGCAUGAGAGUUUUCUCCAACUCCCCAAAGUUGGAAGGAAAUGCGCCAAGCGCCUUGAUAGCAUAUGGGGUGCCUGGUUUUUCUUCAGCUUUUACUUUAAGCCUGCAUUGCUUGAGAAGUCUAAGGCCAAGGCUGGCAGGGACAGCAACGGUGUUUCGGGGUUUGACAAGUCUGAUAUCAAGCUUGAUGUUUUCAUGGUUCAACAUGACAUGGAAAACAUGUAUAUGUGGGUUUUCAAGGAGAGGUCGGAGAAUGCGUUGGGUAAGAUGCAGCUGAGGAGUUACAUGAAUGGGCAUUCUCGCCAAGGGGAGCGCCCGUUUCCAUUUAGUGUUGACAAGGGUUUUGCCCGAUCCCACCGGAUGCAGCGAAAGCAUUAUAGAGGACUAUCAAACCCUCAGUGUGUGCAUGGCAUUGAGGUUGUUCCUGCACCCAAUCUGAUGACCCUGGAUGAGGAUGAUCGGAAAAGGUGGAUGGAACUCACUGGCCGAGAUUUGAAUUUCACAAUCCCUCCUGAAGCAAGUGAUUUCAGUUCAUGGAGAAAUCUUCCCAACACGGAUUUUGAGCUCGAGAGACCACCUCCCCCAAUUAAGAGUGGUCCUAAUUCGCAUCCAAAGAAGCUGCUUAACGGAUCUGGACUGAAUUUAUCAACUCAUCUAUCUAACCACAGUAAUGGUGAUGGGUUGGACCUCUCUCCUGUCAGCGGCAAAAAGAGGAAGGACUUUUUCCCUCAUGGAAAUGAAGAAGAAUGUUACUUGGCUGUUAAUCCUCCAUAUGAUCGUACUACAGAUAUAGAAAUGCACCCAAGUGAGCCACACUGGUUGAAUGACUUCAGCGGGGUGAUAAAGAGUGUUUAUGGACCUGUUACAGCUGCAAAAACUAUUUACGAGGAUGAACAAGGUUACUUGAUUAUUAUCAGUCUUCCCUUGGUAGAUCUUCCAAGUGUGAAAGUUUCAUGGAGGAACACUCUGACUCGUGGUAUCAUAAAGGUUUCUUGUAUGAGCACAUCUCGGAAACCUUUCAUCAAGAGACAUGAUAGGACAUUCAAGCUUACAGAUCCAUCGUCAGAGCACUGCCCUCCUGGAGAGUUUGUCCGAGAAAUCCCUCUCUCAACUCGAAUUCCUGAAGAUGCCAACAUAGAAGCAUACUAUGAUGAGACAGGAUCAGUGCUUGAGAUCCUGGUGCCAAAACAUCGGGUGGGACCAGAAGAACAUGAAGUCCGUGUUUGCCUCCGCCCUCAUCUGGGAGGGAAUGAUCUUAAGUUAACUUGAGAUAGGCACUUAAAAAAAAUUGUUCGGGAUUUCAGUAUGGUGCGCAUGUUAUUGUUUUUCUAACUUUACCAUACAGUGUUAUUUGCAAUAGAAUUGUGUCUUUCAUUUGUCUCUAGCAAUUUUAGCUUGCUGACUGCCCUGGUUCUUUUUGUUCCGGUCCAUAGUAGUGAACAGCUAGUUCUCAUAAUUUAUUAAAAAAAAAAUAUUAUCCAAUCAUACAUUUGGAAUAAUUGGCUAAUCAAUUUCAAUC